AUGCUAUACAUGAUAGGACUAGGCUUUAUGCCGGAGGACAUUUCUGUAAGGGCUCUCCGUGCUGUGCGAAGCUGCACUAGGGUCUAUCUAGAUACAUACACAAGCGUAAUUAUUAGUUACGAGGAUAUGCGACAUCUUAUGGAGAAUGUAUUGCAGCGGACAGAUCUAAUACAAUGUGAUCGGAAAGCCGUCGAGCAAGAAGAGGAUAAGAUCAUUGCCGAUGCCCUGCAAUACAACGUCGCUUUUUUGGUCGCCGGAGACGUUUUUUGUGCCACUACACACACCAACCUCUACCUGAAAGCUGUUCAGCAAAAGGUUUCUGUGGUUGUAAUGCACAAUGCAAGCAUUAUGACUGCUGUGUCUUGUACAGGUCUGGAGAUGUAUCGUUUUGGCAGAACCGUUUCCAUUCCCAUCUUCACUUCUACCUGGCGACCAUCUAGUUUUAUGGACUAUUAUCUUGAGAAUGCUCGUCUCAAUCUUCAUACAUUAGUAUUGUUGCAGAUGAGCACUAGAGAGCUCGAUAUGGAUCUCUAUUGCAACAAGGGCCUUGAGCGAUACAGCGAUCCGUACUACUUACUUCCUAAUCAAGCUGCACGCCAAAUCCUCUCCCUUGUUGAUGAGCAUCCCGAUGCCUAUAAGCAAGUCUCUGAUAAGACCCUUGUUGUAGUCUGCUGCCGCGUGGGUACAGACACCCAGUUCAUUGAGUUGACCACGCUCGGUAGGUGUGCAUCGCAAGCCGAUGAGUACUAUGGCAAGCCGAUGUAUGCGCUAGUCGUACCAAGUCCAUCUAUAGCGGAGCAAGAAUCUCGCAUGCUAGAGCUGUUUACAGAGGAUGCUAGUGUCAAGAACACGCUCAAGGAGGUUACUCGUUAA